AUGAUUUUGGGGACGGUCUGGAUGCUUGAACUGCAUCCAGUCCUCUUAGCCGAUUGUGGAGGCAUGGGUGGUCGCAACCCUGGUCCUUCAUCUAUGAUCCUUGCAACACUACUCUUCAGCACGCAAGUGCUCGCUUUACCAGGCCUUGAGGCUGCUGGGAAGCAUUGUUCUAGGCACGAAUGGGGCGUUUGUCGUCCAAGUCGCGACCCACAGACUAUACUUGUCUGUGCCUCCGGUGUGUGGCACAGAAUGCUGCGUAAAGACUGGACCUGCGUCAAUGCCAGCCUGAUGUCAUCUAGCAAGCUACUGGAUCGAGCAAUCGAGCAGCGUUACCAUGGCAUAUCGCUUCAUGUAAAUACCAACAGCAACGGUACCAUACCAACUCGGUCUCCAGCUCCGGUUGAAAUAAACAACUUGACAUCUCUCUCGGGCAUUACGGCAACCGCACUGACUUUCGACCAAAAGAUCCACAUCAACGUCGACCUUGAUACCGUGGAGUGUCGUGCAUUCGCAGAUGACGACGGCCUCAUCCCUGCUGGUGGUCCUUUCACAAACCGCCAACCAGCGAUGUUCAGGAACGGCACUUCACUGGGAACAUGGGAAAGGCAACUGAGCAGUAAAUCUGGUUGCAUUUCAAAUAGCAAAGACGAAAUAGAGCAGUCUCUUCUCCGACAAUCAUGGUUAGCCGACGUCAAAUCAUCGAUCAUUCCAGGAUUGAGCUAG